AUGGGUAUGAAAAAUUGUACAGGUACAGUGCAGAAACGAGGGAGGAAGAUCAAAACCAGGCCCUUAGCGGCGUUCAGAAAGCAGAAAAUAGAGAAGAAUGAAACAAAGACAAUCAGGAAGAAGAUAAAGAUGAAUAUCUGCUACAAUCAGAGGCCAUGGGCUGAUCUUCGAGAGGAACUUCUCAAUAUAAUCUCUAGCAACUUGAAUAUUGCAGACUAUCUCAGCAUUGGUAGAGUUUGCAGAAGUUGGAGAUUAUUUAAUUCAGAGUACGAGGACGGUUUCAUGGCAUCAAAAUCACCUCUUGUCAUUCACAUCUCAUCACAAGCUAAGAAAGCGUGCUGUUUUCACGAAAUAGCCACUGGAAUCAAAUACAAGACAAUGCUUCCGAAUUUUAUUUGCGACUUCAAAUUUUGUCUUGGUGUUUCUGGUGGGUAUUUAAUCAUGAAAGAUACUUGGAGUCAAAAAAUUUGGCUAAUAAACCCUGUUACAGGACGCCAAUUCCAGUUCUCUCGCGUGCGCAAACUUUCUGAUAAUAUUCGAUUUAGUUCAGAUCGUGCCAUUUUCGCUUCAACUGGGUCUCAAGAUCAAGAUUUUGUUGUAGUGAUUCUCUCUUGUCGGAACCAGAACUUGGAAUUUUAUACAUCUAGAAACAACCAGUGGAAAGAAUACUCUUUUAAACUUAAGAAUUGGCAUAUUUUGGAUAUGGUUGUUUUCUGUGGCAGGAUAUUUGCUAUAACUAACCAUUCUCAGAUUGGGAUACUUGACCUUAGAAAUUUUGAUUUGAAGUUUUUGACACUGAAAUUUGCACCUCGUGUGAGCAGUAAUGUGAGGUUGGUGACUUCAAAUAACAAUAUUCUGAUCGUAGAUUAUGUUAACGUGAACAUGAUUAAAGUUUAUUCAAUAAACGUGAAGAAGAUGGAAUGGGUUGUGAUGAAUAAUUUGGGUCAACAUGCUGUGUGCGUCGGUGAUGGGGGCAUUAUAAGCUGCAAGUUAAUCGACCCAACAAAGUGGGGAGGACAAAGCAACUGCGUUUAUGUGCUGUUAAACGAUGGAUGCCAUAUACACUCCUUGAAGAAUGGCGAGGUGAAAACGAUUCGUAAAUGGAGAUGGGAUGAUAAAACUCGGAUGUACUCGUGGUAUUUUUUUUCUGCAGAUAAUGUAAGAGGCUUUGAUUAG